ACAGUUCCAUUCAACGGUCGCUUUUCCAAGCCGCAUUUUCCGGUAAUCUUCGGUGAACGGAGAUUGGGAAAAAUAUUGGAAACGGAAGUGAUCGCUGGAAGGGUUGAAGAUAUAGUUUGUUUCGAUGGACUUUACGGUAUUGGGGAUGGCGUAUUGAAACCAGGUUAUUGGGUGAAUUGUUUUCAUUCAACAGUGAUUCGCCGAAAAAUUCGAGCUAGACCUGCAUGAAAUGACAUGAUUGCAUCAACUGAAUCGUACUAUUCUGAUGUGGAAUCAAAUAAAACCACCCCUAUAUUUUCCAUCACACCAGAAUUCAUGCAACAAUGGAAAGAGGAUAAGCGAAAAGAAAAGUUAUGCAGAGUGAUUUACAAGACCGUCCUUUCCUAUGUGGAUUGUUUGGGAAUACUGAAUUCGACAACGUUGAAUAUUUGGGAAGAAGACCCCCUUCGCAUGAUUUCGAACUACACGAAUUUUAGUUCCAGCCUGCCAGGCAAUUCAACAAAAACAGAUAUAGAUAUUCUCACACCAGUUCUACCGCCCUUUCCCUUAUGGCAGGCAGUUCUCAUUGCGAUCGGAAUUUCAGUUUGCAUCAUUCUCACGGUUGGAGGAAACAUCCUAGUGCUCUUGGCUUUCAUUUGUGACAGGAACAUAAGGCAACCUAGCAACUACUUCAUUGCUUCUCUGGCAGCAACAGACAUGCUAAUCGGAACUGUCUCCAUGCCUUUCUUCACUGUAUACGUCCUGAUGGGAUACUGGGAUCUUGGACCUCUCCUAUGUGACUUAUGGCUGUCUGUAGAUUAUACAGUGUGCCUGGUUUCUCAAUACACAGUAUUGCUCAUCACCAUCGAUCGAUAUUGUUCUGUAAAGAUCGCAGCUCGUUAUAGAAGUUGGAGAACAAAAAACCGUGUCAUUUACAUGGUUACAAUCACUUGGAUAAUUCCAGCUCUUCUAUUUUUCUCAAGCAUAUUCGGGUGGGAACAUUUCAUAGGCUACCGCGAUUUAUUACCUGGAGAAUGCACCGUGCAAUUUUUGAAAGAUCCAAUAUUCAACACCGCCCUCAUAAUCGGAUACUACUGGACCACCCUUAUCGUUCUUUUCAUUUUAUACGGUGGGAUAUACAAGACUGCAUACAAUAUGCAGAAGAAGAGCGAGAUGAAACAACGCAAGAUGCAAUCAAUGGUAGCCCUCAGCGCUGGAGCAAUGUCGGGAAUGGCAGGUAGGGCGGCUGGUAUAGGAUUAUCGAAAACGCAAAGCACUCUCUUAACACAGGAUAAAUUUCAAGGCAAUACUCAGAAGAAGAUCGAGGAUAAUACUGAGAAACCUGCCUGUAACAAGCUCGAAGUGGCAGAAACGAAAAGCAACAACACAAGGAAUAGCAGUACCACACCGACCACCACGAGUAGCACCGUCAUCAGCAACAACCAGAAAUUCUCAAACGUCACCUUCACUCAAGGAGCAAUAGAAAUCGCCAAGGCUGAAAAAUCGAGUAGUCCAGGAUUCGAGUCUGACGAAGAGUCCACCAGCAGAAUUAAACAGGAUAAAGACCACCAAGCGGAACUGAUGCGAAAACGAUCUUCGCUUGUGGGUCUAGUGCUCCACUCCAGCGUUCCAUUGAAAGUCAUCACUUCCACGAAUAAUUUCAACCUAGACGCAUUCGAUAAGAAAGUUCCUUCUCAGAGGCAUUCAUCUUUUCCGUUCUCGCUGCCUCAAAUUUUCGAGAAAAAUUCGAAUUCCUCGGAUAAUUCCACGGUAGGUGAAUGUGUAUGUGUUGAUGGCCACAAUUUUUCAGAUCCCGGCUUGAACCAUAUCGUUCCCCAAGUAACCUCCCCCCAACAGCUUCCUGCUACGAAUGAUAAGUUAGUGAAACAAAUAGUGAAAAUCCCCCAAAAGCGACCGAGUAGUUUACAUGUAGAUCCCAUAGCCCCUUAUGAUGUUAUAAUAGGGCUGGACGAGGCCGAUUUGCGUUUUAUGGACGAAAGCUCGCUAGUCCUCCCCUCCCCAGUGUGUGACAGUUCGCAAUCUUCCUGCACGAUAACCGAAACGUCAGCCCAAGCUCCCCUAAAUGUGACUAACACAAAUUUGCUACAGAGCGCGCUACUGCGAUCUACCCAAUCUGCUGCAAAGUCGAUAACAUCGAACUCCAAAAAACUUACGAUACCAGAGUUAACGAACGAGAUCUCCAGAACUGACGAUACGCAAGACUCUAGAGCGUCUCCCUCGGAAUGUAGCACACCUUUCGUUGAAAAUCAGCCAUCAGGUAAUAUGCCAACUAACACUGUUGAUACUGCCCACAGAAUCGUCCCGGUUGAUACAGAAAUUUCUUUUAAACUAGGAUCGAAGGAUGGGCCGAAGAAGAAGACUUUUAUUAAGAAGAUUGGCAAGAGAUUGAAGAAGCCCCAUGUGGAGCCCUUUAGAGGGUUCAUUCGGCAAAAAUCCAAAUCGGAAAAUAGGGCUAGGAAGGCUUUACGAACGAUAUCUUUCAUUUUGGGGGCGUUUGUGGUUUGUUGGACGCCUUUUCACGUUUUUGCUUUGGUGGAAGGCUUCUGCACCACUCCUCCUUGUAUAAACGAACAUCUAUACAUGUUUUCUUAUUUUUUAUGCUACGCUAACAGCCCGCUGAAUCCUUUCUGUUACGCUUUGGCGAAUCAGCAGUUCAAGAAAACUUUCACGAGAAUUUUAAAAGGCGAUUUCCGCAUUACCUGAAUGCUCAUGUCCAAAGUUAUCAUUCUGAAGGUAUUCAUUCACUGAUGGCCUACUUGUAUCCUUUCAGAAGAAAACUAAACCGUUCGAGCAAAAACGUAUAUAACCUGUUUUUGUCGAUAGAUAGUGAAGAAGACUGACGUUAUGUGUAGCAUCCCCUGAAAUAUGAAUAUUUGAUUCAUGUUGUUCGUUUAUGUCUGCGUUUGUUCAAGGGUGAGAUUGUCUGAUUUUGGGUUGAAAACCUUUUUCCGAUGCAGAGUUGAAUUUAUGAAAUAAAGCUUGAUAUUCGAUCUACUCAAUUGAAGUAGCGUGAAUUCUUCCGUUGCUUUUGGUGUUUCUGAGAACCAAAAAACUUAGUAUUCCAAUUCUAUUCAAUCACCUCUAGUAACACUCAGAUAAUUCUUUUAUUAUUUUCUAUAUUUCCAUUGUCCAACGUCCAAACAAAUUUUUUUCUUCACCUGAGCACGAUCUGUACAAGGCUUAUGUGAAAACUUCGUGUUUAGGUAAUAUGUCGCUCAUGUCACAAUUUCUCCAAUGGGAAAUGACUAAGGAAUUUGUGACCAAUAUUUGGAUCUUUGACAUAUCUGGAUGUACAUAUUUCGAUUCCACCAAAGAAAAUAAAUUCACUUGAAUAUCUACAAGACUUUCUGAAACUCUACUUGAAUAGAUACUUUGUGAAAAUUCCAAUAUUGGGUGAAAAUUUUGAUUUUCUUGCGCUAUUCACUCAAUCUUCUGGAAGUGCGAAAUUACCUCAUUUGCGAAAUUACCUCAAAUUCUUGUUGUUUCUAAUGACAUAGGUUCUAAACGACCUUUGAUUCGUGAACAUACAGCAAUGGUCUAAUAAUAUAUAGAAAGCGCGUAGAGGCAGAAAAAAGAAUCAAUGAAUAACAAUCAUGAAUUAAGAUUCAAACUUCUUAUCCGCUCCUACAUGAUCAAGCCAAAAAGUAUCUGUUGUUUAUAAAAACUUUUUUUUCUUUCCUAUUGGAUUUAAUGUUUAUUAUCAGAUCAUUGACAUGAAAGAGAAAUUUGGAACGAAAAAAAAACAUUUGUCUUCCAAAUUGAAUUGAAUUAUUAAUAUGUCCAAUGAAUAAGAAAAAGCAAUAAUGAAUAAAAAAAAUGAUAACUCACAAAUACUCAAAUCUGUCAAAUUAAAUGAAAUGAAACGUUUCAGGAUUAUUUUAAAUAUUAAAAGCCAUGGAAGAAUAAAUUAGACAAAGUUGAAUUCGAAAUGUGUACAUCCCAAAUAAAUUGUGAAUUUUAUGAACACUCAGCAGAAAUCUGCUUGAAUAUAAUAAUCAAUCAAUCAAGUAGAUGGUUACUUGAUCACAAUAGAAUGACAAUAAAAAUUGUAUGAAUUUGAAAAUGUGUGUAAUGUUAGAUAAUAAAAAGAUGAAUGUUUU